GCCAAUGGAGUAUUUGUUGUUCGGUUGAAAAAAUUGUUUAUCGAAGUUGGACAUUUAGAGAUGAGCGGUGGAUACGAGGUUGGGGAACGAUUUCAUGGUGCUUCGUGUGAAGCAUUCUUAAAACCAAGUGUCUUUUCUAUUCAUGCUUAUGAUAAUAGAAUAGAACUAUGGAGAAUGCAUAUCCCAUCUAGCGGUGUUUUACAAUAUGAACGAACAUAUAGGGCAAUUGUUCCUAUUUGCUUUGAAGAAGAACAAAGAUGUACCUUUGAUUUUGUUAUUGUUUUAUGGGAUCUCAGGUUACUAGAAGUUAUGGAAAUUAUUUUCAAACUACUUGAAGAACAUAAUGAUUCGGAUUUUAAUUGUCCAAUCUUUCUCAUGCCUGAUACCUCUUUUAUUCGGCCUGAUAAUGAUAAUCGCGAGUUCUAA